AGUUACGGUUAUUCGAUCUCGCAUGCUCAGGUGGUUAAUGAUUCGGUAUAUGCUGCACCGCAAGAAGCCAAUUUUCCAACCGCUGUGCAACAGCAAACACCCAUGUCUUCGUCGUCAUCAUCACAGUACCCCUCACAGAGGACUACUUCCGGCCUUUCUUCGUCCGCUACUGCCGCACCACAGGCGCCUGCAAAUGACGAACACGUGGCUUUAACAGCUAAGCAGAUGGCCCAACUGAAAGCGCAGAUUGCUGUCUAUCGCCUGUUGGCACGACAUCAACCGAUCCCGCCCGAUUUGUCCUUUGCUGCGAUGGAAAAAAGUCCAAUGCAUCUACCUGAACCGUACACUUUGCCAGAUACUGGGCCCGUUGAUGGUGUGGAAAAGUUGCCAUAUAAUCUGGCGGCGCUUAAUUGGCAGCUCCAGCAGCAGCGCAACGCAUCGAUCGCCCCCGUUGCAAAACCAUGCGGCAUUGACCCCAUUGAAGUGCUGAAAGAACGGGAGAACAGAAUUGCCAAUCGCAUCGGUCAUCGCAUCAAAGAGUUGAAGAAUUUCAUUUUGACAAUCGAUCCGGAGCUGCGCAUCAAAGCUGAAAUCGAACUCAGGUCGCUGCGAUUGCUUAACUUGCAAAAACAGAUCCGGAACGAAAUUCUUUCUACCAUGAAACGUGAUACCACGUUAGAGACUGCACUGAACCCCCGCGCCUAUCGUCGCACGAAAAAGCAAUCGCUGCGCGAAGCCCGGGUGACGGAAAAGUUAGAGAAGCAGCAGAAGUUAGAACAAGAGAGGAAGCGCAAACAGCGACACCAGGAAUUCUUGAACGCCAUCCUGCUUCAUGUCAAGGAGUUCAAGGAAUACCAUCGCAACAACCAAAUGAAGCUGAGCAAGCUGAAGAAGGCAGUGCUGGCAUACCACAUGAACACGGAAAGGGAAAAGAAGAAGGAGGAAGAAAGACGGGAACGCGAACGAAUGCAGAAGUUGAUGCAGGAAGAUGAAGAAGGCUACCGGAAGUUGCUGGAUCAAAAGAAGGACAAACGUCUGGUUUACUUGCUGCAGCAGACCGAUGAAUAUGUGGCUAACUUGACCGGCUUGGUGCGUCAACAUCAGCUGAGCGUCAAGCGAGCCCGGAAGCUAGAGAAGAAAGAAGGCAGCGAUUUGCCGGUGAAAGUGAGAGAAGUUGCCACAGGCCUAAUCAUCACUGGCGAUCAAGCACCGAAAGCUUCUCAGCUCGAAGCGUGGCUAGAAACGCAUCCGGGUUACGAGGUUCUGUCACGAGACGAAAAAAGUGGUAGCGGUGAUGAGACGUCAUCGAGCAGUGAUUCAGAGGCGGAAGAAACUAACGAGACUAAUUCGAUUGAGACCAGCAAACUGUCCUUGGAAAACAUGGACGAGGAGACGAGGAACCGUGUGAUCAUACAAGCUGCGCAGUCGGAAGAUGACGAGUACACGGCAAAGUCUGAAGAACAGACUUACUACAACACAGCGCACAGAAUCCGUGAGGAAAUCACUGACCACCCACCGAACUUAGUUGGCGGCACACUGAAAGAAUACCAGAUCAAAGGUCUCGAAUGGAUGGUGUCACUAUACAACAACAAUUUGAAUGGCAUUUUGGCGGACGAAAUGGGUCUCGGUAAGACGAUUCAAACGAUCGCAUUGCUCAGUUACCUGAUCGCUGUCAAACAUGUUACCGGACCGUUCCUCAUCAUCGUUCCGCUUUCGACGCUGUCUAACUGGGUGAUGGAGUUCGAUAAAUGGAGCCCGUCAACUACCAAAAUCACAUACAAAGGCUCUCCGACCGUUCGUCGUUCCCUCUCCUACCAGACGAGACACGAGAAGUUUAAUGUACUGUUGACCACUUACGAAUACAUCAUCAAGGACAAGGCGAUUCUUUCGAAGAUUCGUUGGAAGUACAUGAUCAUCGACGAAGGCCACCGUAUGAAAAACCACCAUUGUAAAUUGACACAGGUGUUAAAUACGUACUAUACGGCUCCGCAUCGCCUCCUGUUAACCGGGACGCCAUUGCAAAACAAACUUCCCGAACUCUGGGCUUUGCUGAACUUUUUACUGCCAAGCAUAUUCAAGUGUUGCAACAACUUCGAGCAGUGGUUCAACGCUCCUUUUGCGACGACUGGAGAAAAGGUUGAACUGAAUCAAGAAGAAACGAUGCUUAUCAUUCGUCGACUGCACAAGGUUCUCCGGCCGUUUUUGCUGCGACGACUGAAAAAAGAAGUUGAAUCUCAAUUACCGGAAAAAGUCGAAUACGUGAUAAAAUGUGACAUGAGCGCUUUGCAGCGCGUUCUCUAUCAUCACAUGCAAGCGAAAACAACGGCGGGUGUCAGGACCCUGAUGAACACUGUCAUGCAAUUACGAAAACUGUGCGCAUUAUGUUUUUCACGUGUUUCGCGGUUUGUUACUGCUGCCGUUAACUUUUUUAGGCCGGAUCUGUACCGCACUGGCGGAAAGUUUGAAUUGCUCGACCGCAUAUUGCCGAAACUUAGCGCGACAGGUCAUCGCGUAUUGCUCUUCUGCCAAAUGACCGCGCUGAUGACCAUUAUGGAAGAUUAUUUUCAUCUGCGAAAUUUCAAAUACCUUCGGUUGGACGGUACGACGAAAUCAGAGGAUAGAGGUCUUCUUCUGAGCUUGUUCAACGCUCCUGAAUCAGACUAUUUUAUCUUUCUGCUGUCCACCCGAGCUGGUGGUUUAGGCUUGAAUUUGCAGGCGGCUGACACGGUGAUAAUUUUUGAUUCUGACUGGAAUCCCCAUCAAGACAUCCAAGCUCAAGACCGAGCUCAUCGCAUAGGUCAGUUGAGAGAAGUGCGGGUGUUGCGGUUGAUGACAGUCAACUCGGUCGAAGAGCGAAUCUUGGCGGCGGCAAAGUACAAGCUGAACGUCGAUGAGAAAGUGAUUCAGGCUGGGUUGUUCGAUCAGAAGUCGACCGGUGUUGAACGUCGGCAGUUUCUGCAGGCAAUUCUACAAGCAGAGUGUGACGAAGACGAGGACGAGAACGAGGUGCCUGACGACGAGACGAUCAACCAAAUGAUCGCGCGCACGGAGGAUGAAUUCGAUCUCUUUCAGCGUAUGGACAUCGAGAGAAGGCGGAUCGAAGCGCGUGACCAUAAACGGAAGCCGCGACUAAUGGAGGAGGACGAGUUACCUUCAUGGCUGUUGAAAAAUGAAGAAGAAAUCGAGUGUUUGACAAAUGCCGACAAAGUUGACAAGAUGUUUGGUAAGGGAGCUCGACAACGCAAAGAAGUGGACUACUCCCAAGACUCUUGGACUGAAAGACAAUGGCUAAAGGUACAACGGAAGCGAGUUGUAGGCAAUUUUGAUGAUGAUGACGAAGACGAAGAGUCGGUAUUGCAUAAAUCUAAGCGGAAACGCACCAACCAGAGUAGAUCCAAAAGCAGUAACAAAAUGGCAACCCUAAUGAUAAACGGUCGUCUGUUUUGUGAAAACUUCCUUCAGUUGCCUCCUCGAAAAGAGCUUCCUGAUUACUACGAGUUGAUUUCACAACCCAUGGAUUUCAAAAAAAUAAAAAAAAAGAUCUCCGACGGGCGAUACAAAUCUUUGAACGAUUUGGAUAAAGAUGUUUAUCUGAUUUGUGAAAAUGCGCAAACGUACAAUUUGGAUGGAUCUGAAGUGAGUGCAUUACCCAGUGUCUCUACAUGUCCUUCAAUGAUACGUUUUCUGUAG